AUGAACGAGGAAAAUACAGACACAAAACCAAAAGAUUUGGAUUUAUGGAUGAUACGUCCAUGUGAAAUGUAUAACACUGAGUAUGGUGAGUGUACUUCAAUAUCAUCAAGAUUACAUCAGAUGUUUGUUCAUGGAAGUACAAUAGAUUGCAACCAUUGGCAUGCAGACUAUACAAAUUGUUUAAAAUGGAAAAAUGACAAAAAUAUUCAAGCAGCUGAAACAUUGGUUAAUAGUGAAAAAAAAAAGAGAAACAAUCGAUGGAAAUCAUACUAUGCUAAUAAUGUAUGGGAAAAUAGAACUAGUCCACCAGAAAACUGGAAUGAACCAUUGCCAGAUUAUAUAGCAAAACGAAGACAAAAUUCAACAUUAAAGGAUACAUUUGAUGAGUGUAAUGCAGAAAUAGAUAAUAAAUCAUUUUGUUCAAUAAUGUGA